AUGGGGAACUCAUUACAAGUCCGUCUCCUGGACCUGGCAAGUUGGAGCCUGCUGAAGCACCAAGAUUUGGCCAUCGCCUCUCUGGAAACCCUUCCCACAGAGCUCUUCCCACAACUCUUCCUGGAUGCCUUCCAACUCAAAUGCACAGAGACGCUGAGGGCCAUGGGGCAGGUCUGGCCCUUCCCCACUCUCCCACUGGGGAGGCUGUUACAUGAAAUUCUUCCUUGUAUGAAGAGUUUAGAAGCAGUGAUGGAGGGAAUUGAUGUGCUGCUUGCUCAGGAGGUUCACUCCAGGAGGUGCAAGCUGCAGGUGCUGGAUUUAGGUCCUAUUGGUGAUCAGUUCUGGUAUCAAUGGUGUGGUACCCCUGUUAGAUGGAGCUCAAAGGGGAAGGCACCACGGCCUGUAGAAAGUGCCAGAAAAGGACACACCUCUGCUCGCCUGGAGGUGGUCAUAGAUCUUACAGUCUCCAUAGCUCCCCUCCCGAAAUUAACAGCCUACAUGCUUAACUGGGUGAAGGAGAGAAAAGAUGUUCAUCUGUGCUGUAGAAAGAUAACGUUUUUGCAUAAUUCCUUCAUCGACAUGUGCCUGAACACUGUUAAACUGAGCUGUGUCCAAGAAGUAGAAGCAAAUUUGUACUGGAAAACGUCCACCCUGGAACUGUUUGCGCCUAUCCUGGAUCAGACAAAGAACCUGCAGAGACUAAUAAUUUUAUGUACUGAGGUACCUCGCCACAUCUGGCCUUCGAUGCUGAAGGGUGAAUCGUGGUUUGUGACCCUGUUGUCUACUCAGUUAUUCCAGCUGCACAGCCUUCGAGAGCUCUAUCUGGAGUCAGCCACCUUCCUCAAAGGACAUCUGGACCAGGUGCUCAGGUGCCCGAGGACCCCUUUGGAGACCUUGUCCCUCACAGGGUGUCCACUUCUAGAGCAAGACUUGACCCAUCUGGGCCAGUGCCCCAACCUCACCCAACUGAAGGAGUUGAGUCUGAGAGGCACCCUCUUAAGCCGGGUGAGGGAUCACCUGCGUUUGCUGCUAGAGAACUGUGCGUCCACCCUGCAGGAUCUGGACUUAGGGAUGUGUGGGCUCCAGGACUCCCACCUAGAGGCCAUCCUGCCUGCGCUGACACUCUGCUCUCAACUCAGGAUCCUAAAACUCUUUGGGAACCGCGUGUCCAGGGCCGUCCUGGUCCAGAUGUUGCGCCACCUGGCCGGGCUGCCCCACUUAACGCUGGAGGUCUAUCCGGCCCCGCAGGAGAGCUACAGUGCUCCAAAGAGGCUCCACCAAAAGACCUUUGAUCUGCUUUGUGCCAGGCUGAGGGCGGUUCUCAGGGACCUUGGAAAGCCCAGGGUGAUCUUGGUGAGCACUGAGCCCUGUUCUCUGCAUGGAAAGGCUCUUCUUUAUAACUUUGAGCCCACGAUGUCCUCUUAUCCCUGCUGCCAUUAUCAGACUCAAAAGAUUUCAUUUCUGAAUUGA